AUCCAACCCAAAAAGAGGGAGAAAAAGGGAAAGGAGUCUGAAGAACGAAAAACCCUCGUCCGUAGCUCUCACGCUCUCUGUUUGUCUCUCUACUGCCGAAGGCCGUUCUCGACGACGGUCGUUCAACGGACGACGGCCAAUCAACCGGAAAACAGAGCGAAAAACCCUCCCUCUCUCGACGGUGAAAAGGACAAGGUUAUAGAAAUUAGAAAAAGGGAAAAAAAAAAGCCUUUUCAUUUCUUCAUCUCCCUCUCCUUUGCAGCUGCCAAGCCCACCCCGGUUGCAAACCUCUUUGCCGGCAACCACGUACCACGAGCGACGGCCGGCGAGUCUCCUACUACAAAGGCCCUAAAUUCUUCUUGAUUUCGACAACCUCAUAUCCUGUCAGCUCGUGUUGACGGCAGUACCCACGAAACCCAACGAGGUGACUGCGUUAGCUUCGUGGGUGUACUCUUUUUUUUACGGCUUAUAUGUUGUUGAUGCUUUGUUCAAGGUUUUGGAUUUUGGAUUGAGAACAAUAAGUUUUCCAUCCAGUGGUGUUGUUGAACUCUUGCUCUAAAAUGGUGAUCACUUCUACACUUGGGACUCAUCAUAUUGGUAUAAUUUGUCUUCCUCAGCCCAAAUACCACGUUUUACGGUACAACGCAACAAGAUUGAAUAAAUCCAGUCUCUUUCAGAGACUGCACACAAGGAUUUCCAAAAGGAGUGGACAACAUCUCUAUGCUGGGCGAAUGGGCUUUAACCAUGCUGCAUCGGGACAAAAUUAUCAGCAACCGAGCUUUAAUGAUGAAUGGCCUCAAGAACCUUUCUUCUUGAGUCUAAUUAAAGAAACCUUUUGGGGAUUGAGAUCGUUGUUAAUAUUUCUGGUUGAGCAGCCCAGUCAACUGAAGUACAUUGAAUGGCCUAGCUUCCAAAGCACGCUGAAGACUGCCACAUUAGCUCUCGUUCUCGUUGCUCUGUUGAUCGUAGCACUCUCAUCAGUGGACUCGGCGCUCAGCUAUGUUUUGACUUUACUUCUCAGAAGAACCUCAUAAUAAAUGUUGGUACUCUUCUCCUACUGGUCUAUCAGUAGGUCAGAAAUUUAACUUCUCUUUGCCAUUUUUAAAAUGAUUGCUCAGAGGGAAAGUUUUUGAUAUGUCAAUGUAGUUGGAGAUAUUCUGAAAUAGGUAAUGCAAAACUCUUUGAAAUCGCCCAACUAGGAAGGUAGAGAAUGUCAUUUUCCAUGUUUCUCACAUACAUGUACUUACGACCAUCCCUAUACGUACAAUUAGGAUACAAUUAUAAGUAACAAUGAUACACUUCCUUUUUAGUUAA